CAAACUGACGUUGACGCCGUCGGUCUCACGUUCCAGGGGAGGAAAGGACGUGAACACGGACAGGUGCGCUUCUCGCCCUCCCCGAGGAGGUGAAAGAAACCCCGCGAGCAACUCCACCGCUUUGGCCUCCCUCAUGGCGGAGCCGAUGAGGGUUCGCGUGGAGUUCGAGGACCAUCGCCGACUGCUCACCAAGUCCCAGCGGAAGGACGGCCUCCACCGCUGCUGGAUCCUCCUCGGCCCCCACCUGCCCACCGUCGCUGAUCUCGCCGCCCACCUCGCCCGCUCCUUUGCCCUCCACCGCUCUUGCCCGCGCGGCAUCUGCCUCUACAUGGAUGAAUUUGUCUUACCUCCAUUUGAAUCAACCAGCAUCUUCAGGGACAAGGAUAUCAUCAGGGUGAGAAAGAAGGCUUGUAAACAGAGGCAGCUUCUUGGGACAUAUCUCCCCGUGAACUCACAGACUAAUAAAAGAAACAAAGGAGAGGGUAGCUGUGAUUUUCAACAGAACACAACAAACAUCCAUGCAAUUUUGAGCGAAGAGACAAACUUGAAAAAAAAGGAGCAUAUGAACAAGACUCGGAUGUUGAAGAGAAGGAAAUUAAAUCCAAGCAACACUGAAAAGCCUAUCAUAACUGCUGAGCCAAAUGAGAACAUUCUAUUCGAAAAGAAUGAACUCUUUGUUCGGAAGAGAAGCAGCUUAAAGAGAAUUUUAAAUAGGAAAGAUGGGACAUCUGAUGGAGAUGGCAGAUGCGAUUCACUCAUUUCAAACAGGCUUCAUCAGGCGCAUGCAAACUAUUGUAGAAGUCAGCCUGAAUCUCAUGCUAAUGGCAAAGCAGAACAGAGUGAAUACCCUUUGCUUGUGGAUGUUGGUUUGUUGAAAGCAAUUUCUACGAGUGACAUGCAAGGUGAUGGAAACAAGAUGGCAGCACCAGCAAACAACUGGGAAGUAGCAGUAUCAGUAGCAAGCGCCAAGGAGUCGAGUACUCAUGUCACAGAGCCCAUGCCAAAUUCUGACUGGGGGCAAAUGCAGCAGUGUUUGAGUGAGAGAAUGAAGACUCGGCUUCAGGAGAAUAGAUGGGAUUGCUGGAUAGCAAAUAAGAUUAGUGCAACUCCCUGGCCAUGGGCGGUGAGUGGGAGAGGUGCAGUAGGGACUGCUGAUGGAUCCUUUCGAGGAAAAUGGCGCAAUCGUGCUCCUGCCAAGUAUGUUACUAAUCUCAAAUCUUCCAAGUCUUAGUCUUUUAUGUAUAUAUUUUAGUAGUAUGUCAAUACGUUGGGAAACUGAGUUGUGGAAUUUGUUAGGGAUUACACGAGUAGUUUAACCUAAAUCUUGGUUUCUUUUGCUUAAAAAUUUCAUAUUUUCUGCAUGAGAGAUAACGUCGAAAUGCGAUGUCUGUUUUCCUCUCAUUUUCGAACUGUUUGUUUUGAGAAGAUACUGUAGUAAUUUCUGUUUAAUUUA